AUGGCUGUUGAGAACCCCUACGCCAGCGUGAAUGUCCAUCUCGAGAACAGCUUCAUUAAGCGCUACCUGGGGGAGGAGCCACCCUCGCCCACUGUCGUUGUUAAUCCCGGGGCCGUGCCCACCUCCCCAGCCCCAGAGCAGCUGAGCGGUGCCAGUAAAUCGGUGCCACUGGGUAGUUGGGAUGGUUCAAAAGUCCUGAAGCGGAAGUCCAGGGCCCUGCCGUAUAACCCAUAUGGCAGCCUGGAGCUGCUGAACGACGCUUCCUCGGCCCUGCCCUACACCAUCGAGCUAGACAAGCACCAGAAGAGCCCUGGGGUGGGCACGGACAGUGGCUGCUGCUGCUGCUGUAAGUGCUGCCCCCGCUGCCGGAAAUGCUGCUGUGUCGUCUCCUAA